AAAAACAGCUGGAAACUCUAAAGCUGAAACAGUCACAACAUUCGAAAUUGCUGCUAUUAUUUUAAUUAAUUAUUUUAUCAACAACAAAAAAACAAAUAAAUAACCUGAAAUACAUACAUAGUUAUAAGAUCCCAAACAAAAUUCAAUUUCGCAUAUUGCACUUAACAUCAUAUUGAAUGUCAAAAAAUUUUUCCCAGCUAUGUUAAAUAACAUAGUUGCUUCAUUUUCAGCUUCGUCUUAAAAAUCAAAAAAGGGAAAUAGUAAAUAUCAACACUAAGCGAUUUAAGCGCAGGAAAAAAUCUUGAUAUUCAACAGCAUGUUAAAGAUUGAAUAAUGGAAAAUAUUGUGCACAAAUUUGCAACGAUUAGUUUUCAGCCACAAGAGGUUGUCUUAACAGAGAAUCGCACUGCACCAAUUUCCAAGUUUUCUUGGAAUCUUAAAUCAGGGGCUCCCACAAAUAUAGCCGAUGAAAUGCUGGACUCGGAAAGCCCUGAUACGGACCACUCGGAUGAGGUGGACUCGCAGCUAAGCCGCGGCGAGGAUAACGACGAAAGUGAUAGCUAUAGCAGCAGCUACCGCAAUGGUCGUCGUGGCGGAGUUGCCCGACGGCGAAUGCCCGCUCGCAUCUCUAAAGACAAUUUUAAUCGGGUGUGCAGCACCAUUAUGCGUACAGAAGUGAAGAAGAAACGUAAUGAGCUACAAACAAAUGAACAGAUGCUGCGCAGCAUUGAGAAGAUCUACACGAGCAAGCGCAUGAAGAAAUUUACGCCUACUAGUCUGGAGACUAUAUUCGAGGAGCCCAGCGAUGAAAAUGCUGCCGAUGCCGAAGACGAUAGCGAGGAAUGCGCCAUUACCAGCCAAGUGCGGGUUGUUAAAUUCGGUUCUCGCAAGUUGCGACGGGCCAUCUCCUUUAACGAUGGCCUCACAAAGAACAAGAAUCUUAUCAAAAAACGCCGCUUGAAGGUGAAGAAAACGUUUGGCAAACGUUUUGCUCUUAAAAAGAUCUCAAUGACCGAAUUCCACGAUCGACUUAACAAAAGUUUGGACAGCGCAAUGUCUGAUACUGGCGACGAUGUACCAACUAGCAGCAGUAUGGAUAUAAAGUCCACAGUCUGUACAUUCAUGGACGAUAUGCAACUAGCGAGACAUACGCCGACAUUUGAAUAGAUAGGGGGAGUCGUCGGACGGUCUGUAAGGAGAAGCUUUGAUGAACAGAAUGGAAAAGGCUAAAAUUUAAAUACAUUAACAGAUUCAAGAUGAUGACAAGUUAAGUAAAUUGUACGCAUCACCGAAGUAUAUGGCUGCUUGCCGUCAACAGUCAAGACUAACUCAAUAAAAUAGCGGGAUCUUUGUUCCCCGAAUGUCCACUUCCAACCGAUGUACUUAUUGCCUGGUCAAUUGUACUGAUUAUCAAUUUAGCUAAGUCUUAUGUAAGAUUUUUUUAAUUUAAUGUUUAUAUAGGAAGUGCAGUUGAGCAUUAAAACAUAAUUUAAUUUAAUUUAAGCAUUGUUUGCAUUGAGCGCCUGAAACUAUUUAUGUUCUAUGUUUAUGAAUAGUCUUAAAUAUAUGUAAGCCUGAAUACAAUUCGAAAUUCGAUUUAGCAAUGAAUAGAAUUGAAGCAAUUUAUAAUGUAUUGAUCUAUUACUUGUCUUAAGCUCAACUAGGAACUGCAUGCGCAAUGAUGAAAUGAAUUUUCACUGCCGUAAAAGCACCAAAUGAAUAAAACAACAAAUAAUUUAAUUUAAA